AAUUUAUAUUACAGAUUUUGUUGAACUUAACAUAUUGUUUCAAGCUGUGAAUAUAUAUUUUGAAAGAUUUCCUUGACUAUACUGUUAGGCACUGUAGCAGUUAUUACUUCUGAUGGAAGAAUGAUUGUGGGAACCCUCAAAGGUUUUGAUCAGACCAUCAACUUGAUUUUGGAUGAAAGCCAUGAACGGGUGUUCAGUUCUUCACAAGGAGUUGAACAAGUAGUAUUGGGACUGUAUAUUGUUAGAGGAGAUAAUGUCGCGGUUAUUGGUGAAAUUGAUGAAGAGACAGAUUCAGCACUUGACUUGGGGAAUAUUCGAGCAGAACCUUUGAACUCAGUAGCACACUGAAAAGGAGAAACACAAGGACUUUGUAAACUUUGGCUGUAUAGAAUUAUUUAAAAAAACAGCAUGAAGAAUUUUUACAAAUUGUUGUAAGUUGUUUGGGACACACUUUAUUAUGUGAAUGUUAUACUUUGAUAUGUAAAUUAAAAUAUCUGCAUUUUAA